AUGCUCAGAGGAUAUCUUAUACAUGCUUGUGGAAUGUUCAAAAUUGCCAGUUAUCGUAUCGAGCAAGCGUUUAAAUACUCGAUCAAAAUAUUCGACAACAUUAGCAUCGAGAACGAGAUUAUGAUAUACAAAGAAAUAAUUUGCGCUGUCGAUAUUCAUUGUAAAGCUAUAAAGUAUAUUUUUCACAGUGUGGCCAUUGGCAACAAAGAGGAAUUCUUAUUUCAUCUUUUAAUUGUGUCGGGCAUUUUUGCGUACAUGUUUAUAGCUAACUAUACCGGGCAAGAAGUUAUGGAUCACAAUAAUUAUAUAUAUAUUACAGCAUACAAUGUUCGAUGGUAUAUAGCCCCCGUGUACACUCAGAAGUUGAUACUUUUUAUAUUACAAAGAAGUGGCAAAGUAGUUGCUGUGAAUUUUGGCAAUAUAAUUGUGGUAUCUUUAGAAUGUUUUGCCAUGAUCAGGUGUUUACUGGAGCAAUUACAGCAUAUCUAUAAUGAAAUAAAAGAUGAAAAUGAAAUUGCCAUUAUAGAAAAGUACGGAUUGAACGCGAAACGUUAUACAAUUAGAAUUAUACGUAAGAUAAACUUUAAUGAUUUUCUUUACAUGUCGUAUAAUAAAAAAUAG